AUGGGUUGGCUGGUGUGGAACAGAACAGUCACCCCGACUGGAACAGAAGGCAGACGACCACACGGCACAGUGGAAAUCAGCAUGGAUCCCGCCGACAGCACUCCGUUGAAAUCUGGACAGAUGGAUAGGAAGAGGAAAAUGAUCGAAACGUUCUGGAUAUUCUGGGCCAUAAUGCUUGUGGGUUUUACCAACGCCAUUCUUGGUCCAACGGUCGUCAGUCUCCUGUCAGUCACCAACUCCCCAAUAUCAUACAUUAACUGGAUCUUCGUCCUCCAGGGUCUAGGCUUUAUUUUGGGUAUCCUAGGAGCCGCCAUGCUGACACGUGUUGUCAUCGCUCCCGUGAUUCUCUCGGCCUCCAUUUUUUUUGCCAGUUUUGUCAACGCUGCUCUCCCCUGGAUGAGAUCCUUCCCGGCGCUAGGUGGUUUCGUUUUCACGCAGUUCUUAUUGAAAGGAAUUGUCGAUUACGGUGCUAUGUAUCUGUGUGGUUUGCUGUGGCCCCGUGACAAUGACGUUCCGUUCCAGUUUAUCUCAGUAGGUGUUGGACUUGCCGCUUUUAUCGCCCCGUUCUUUGCCUAUCCCGUUCUAAGCAAAGAAGCUUUCUCCGAGACAAACCACGGUAUAUCAGGAGGAGCCUCUACCCUUCAGUGUGAAACUCCAAGCGAUUCACUCUUGGGCAACGCUUCCCUGACAGCAAACCUCUUUCCAGCCCAGUGCAUGGCACAGCCCACAAACGUGGACAACAUUUACAUCCCUUUUCUAAUCAUCGCAGUAGUGAUGCUGCCACCAGGUGUGGCUUUCGGCCAUUACGCCGUUUCUGACAAUAAACCGGAAGAGACGACAUCGAACGCUAGUUACGAUGCCUUACCGGAAUUUGAAUCGGAGGAAGGGUUGCUUAAAAAGCGGACUAACUUCUUGUACUGGUUAGUUCUGUGCUUGCUUAUGGUGUUUUAUGUGCCAUACGGUGGAGUGCUGAUAACAUUCAGCCACCUAUUGGCGGCGUUUGGUAUGAAAAGUCAACUGCAUCUGUCGGCCUCCACCAUGGCGUUAAUGACUUCAGUCUACUGGGGUUGUUUUCUCUUGGGGAGACUUCUCAACACGCUCUUCUCCACGUACCUGAACCAAUUCGUCAUAAAUCUGUGUAACUUUGUCGGACUCUUCGUGUCCAUUUUCAUCUUAGUAUUUCUCGCUGGCGAAUCGGAGCCGGCGUUGUGGGUCGGCACCGCGCUUAUGUCGCUCUUCAACUCGGGGUUUCUUCCGGGAGUCAUGACUUGGAUCGGUUCUUACGUUUCACUGGAAGGAAACGCGAUAUGCUUGUCUCUGGUUGGUGUGGCAAUUGGUGAGCUCUUUAUUCCGUUUUUGGCAGGAUACGCUUUUAAUAUAUUCGGAUCUAUGUCCCUGAUGUACAUGGUUUUGGGCAUGUCGAUCUUUGAAUUCGCCGUGUUUGUAAUUCUCUGCAUCAUAGUCUGUGCCAAGUUGAAAGACAAAGACGGUGGAGGAAAGAUUGCUCAGUCCCAGUACGACGCCAUCUCACUAACAAAUGAACACUGA